AUGAUUUUUAGUCCAUGUUUUUCAGAUUUCAUAACUCAACAUCUCGCUGUUAAUGCCUCAUCAGGCUUCAUACAGUUGAUUAAAAGAGCUCAUCUUAUUUUCGAAAUCUCAUGGCGGUUACAAUUUUGCGAGAUAGAAUUUCGUAUACUUGAGUGUCAUGAAAAUUGUGUUACUAAUAAAAGGAUGCCCUUUGAAGGAUUUAUAAAACGGUCAAUUUUGUGA